UACAUUAUAUAUGUUUCCAAGUGAUGUUGGUUGAUGAUGACGGUUCUCAAUGAUCGCGAUGAGCGCAGUGCAUCGAAAUAAAUUUUUUCCCAUAAUCUUCCUUUACUGAUUAUUAAGUGAUCUUAUGUGAUUAAUAUUUGUGGUUUUAAAUGAUAAUAUUAAUCAAUUAAUCAAAAAAAAAAAAAAAUAAAUAAAUAAAGAAUUCAAUACGCUCCAUGGGGCAACAUUUUUAGUGCAUUCCAACUCCGGAACAAAAAGUGAAAAGCGAUCGUGCUGGCAAAAAUCAACUGAAAAAAAAAAUUAUUGUCUGUAUUAAUUUUUUUGUUGUUGUCAACGAGAGCUCUAAGCGUUUCUAAACACAAAAAAAUGCACUUGUGAGUGUAAUCGGAUUGGAAUGGUGUGUGUGAUCGUGAAAUGUAUGAUUGAUCGAGACUCUUAAGCGUGGCUCUCUUUAUUGUGAUAGUUUGUUUACUCAAACUAGAAGUGAUUAUGUAGGAGUAGGGGUUAAUAUAAAAAAAUUAUAAAUAAUAAUUAGUAAAUUUCUCUUUGAUCAUAAAAAAAGAUCCACAAUAAAGUGAAUACUUUCUUUCGCAAAUCAGGAUUAUGAAAAGUUAAAAAUUACUUUCGUUAGUUUAGUGCAAAAAAUACAGUAGAAAACAAUGGAAAGGAUAUUACAUUUUUUGAGAAUCUAUUACAUUUGAACAAUUUAUCAUUUCCGAAAUAAAAUUGAAAGUGUUUGUUUGAAUUAGCAUCAAGUCUUAAGAGCGGUUUGGAUUUGUAUAUUAUUUCCUUUAAUGAAAAAAUGCGAAUUAUAUCUUCCAAAAGUUAAAAACAUUGCAAUAACUAUAAAUAUAAUAUGUAUCCAUUUUAUGACAGAUAGUUUUGUAUAGUAACUUUUAGUGUGUAACAAAAUUAUGAAGUGUUGACGUAGGCUUUUAUAACCUACAUUAUGCUUAAAAUACAUGAACCUGUCUAAAGAGCUCUCUGUAUAGCUAAUUUGCUGAAAACCUGUAUUAUGUAAAAAAAGAAGAAAAAAAUAAAAUACCUUAGUUGAUGUUAUUUAUUUUAUUUGCAUACAACGUUUUUUAACUACAACAAUGCUGAUCAAACAUAAAGUGAUUCAAAGUGAUCGCGGAAAUUUGACUUUAUGCUACACAAAAUGUGAUGAAGUAAAAAAUAAUUGUAUGGCAGUGCGGUGGAUUAAUAAUGAAUGAAAAUGCAGCUGAAAGUUUGCCCACGUGGCGACUUUGGGGUGAGGAGCGUGAAAAAGAUGCGAUUUUCACCGUUUACCUUAAAAAAGUGCGAUACCAUCGACCAACACCACGUGCCGCUAGUGACUCGGAUGAUGAAAUUUCUCAUCUAGAAUGGGAAACAGUAAGAGUUCGUUUCGUAAAAGCUGCUUCCUUAGCUAGAUUAGUAGAAGCCCUUGCCACAGAUGACGGUGAAUUGGAGAGUACGUUUAUAAACGUAUUCCUUUCAACGUACAGAACCUUUUCAACACCAAAAGAUGUUUUUGACCUUCUAGUCAAACGUUAUGAUACUCUCAAUGCAAUGUUCAGUAAUCAUGAGGUUCAAGCUGAAUCUAAUAUCAAAGAACUCGAUUCGAAUAUUUCUGUUUAUGAACAGCACAAAAGAACACUUAUAUCAGCACUGCAUGUUUGGCUAGAUGGUUUUCCUGAGGAUUGGAAUGAAGUUAACCUAAGGCACAUAUUAAAUUUUGCCUCAAGACGCCUGCCAAGAUCUGAUCUGCAUAUAAAAGCUUUGCAUCGUUUAGAACGAGUUUUACGUGUUCAAGCACAAAUGGUGUUUGCGGAAGAAAAUUCCCCGUGGACUGGUCACCAUGAGUAUAACAGUUUUGCUGAACAAUUUUCUGGUCUUUGUUUGGCUCCUGCGUUCCGAGGUCCAACUCAUUUGUUGCAAGCAUAUCGCUUUCCUCAUGUCGAUGUUAAGCAUUUUGCAGAGCAACUUACGAGAAUGGAUUCGGAGUUAUUCAAACGUUUGAUUCCCCAUCAAUGUUUGGGAGCAACAUGGGCUCGAAGGGAUAAAAGCGGUGCUGAGACAGUUGUUGCAACAGUAACACAGUUUAAUGCAGUAUCAUUCAGAGUCAUAUCAAGCAUAAUAAUUGAACAAAGACUUAAACCUCAGGAACGAGCUUUAUAUAUAUCCACGUGGAUUGAUAUUGCACAAGAGUUGCGUCUUUUGAAAAACUUCUCUUCUCUAAAGGCGAUUAUUUCAGGACUUCAAUCAAAUGCAAUAUACCGUUUAUCAAAAGUCUGGGCAGUUCUUGCCAAAGAGAAGAUGGAAAUAUUUAGUGAACUUGCAAGGAUAUUUUCCGAAGACAAUAAUGCCUGGGCGCAACGUGAAGUUCUUAUGAGAGAGGGAACAGCUAAAUUUGCUGACACCGUAGGUGAACACGACAGACAUUUGCAGAAAAUUAUACAAAAACAAAGUACCCAAACGUCACACGGGACAAUUCCAUACCUGGGAACAUUUCUAACAGAUUUAACAAUGAUCCAUGCUGCAAUACCUGAUCGAGUUACCGAAGAUAAUCUAAUUAAUUUCGACAAAAAACGAAAAGAAUUCGAAGUAUUAGCACAAAUAAAAUUAUUACAAGGUGCAGCAAAUACAUAUAACCUCCGAGAAGAUCCCAACUUCGAUCGAUGGUUUGCGUCAAUGUUAGUUCUAGACGAGCGAGAAGCUCAUGCCUUAUCAUGUCAAUUAGAACCACCAACAGAGCCAAGAAAGUCCACUUCGACCACAUCCACAUCCUUAGGCCAUCGUAAGACUGAUUCCAUAGCAUCAAAUUCAAGUAGUGGAGCCGGUUCACAAUUCUACUGUGAAAUAAGCAGUAGCUUUGGAGCUUCUAGACAAAAUUCCAGACACAAUUCUUUAGAUCGUGAUACUCAACCACCAAAUGCAUCGUUACUUUCCGCUUCAAGUAGUGUUUCCAAUUUAUCAGUUGGUUCAAGUAAUUCAGGAGGCCAAAAGACUGCAGCAGCUAACCAUCACAAAACAAUGGGAAAUGGUAAAAAUCUGAGUAAUGGAGUACCACUGAUAAAUGCCCAGCUGGUACAACCAGCCGGUGAUAAGAAUGCCAUUCCAGAUUUUUACAUCAUACGAGUGACAUAUGAAACAAGCAAAAUUGAAGUAGAUGGAAUAGUGCUCUAUAAAUGUAUAAUGUUAGGAAAUAAUGAACGCACUCCGCACGUAAUUCGAAAUGCAAUGGUUAAAUUAGGACUUGAGGGUGAUCCUGAUCGAUUUACAUUGGCUCAAGUACUCCCCGACAAGGAGCUUGUGAUGCCGCCAAACGCAAAUGUCUACUAUGCAGUUAAUACAAAUUUUAAUUUGAACUUUAUUUUGCGCUCGAAAAAAGAAGAAAGCUGACCACUAAAGAACAAAAUGCAAGUUAAGAAUCUUUGUUAGCCACAGAUAGCUAUUCGAAAUAAAAUCUCAAUUUUUAAGUUUAAAAUUUAUUUUUGGUAUUUAUAUAAAAAAAUUAUAAUAUUUGAUUUGAUUGAAAAUUAUAAUAAAAAAUGAUAUUAUAUUUGCUUUAAUUUAUUCAUUUAUGUAUAAUUUAUUUAGGAAUGUUUUUUUUUUUUUUUUUUUUAAUCAACUGGUGCGAAAUUAUUAUGAAUGUAGAGAUACGCAUAAAAACACUAGAGAUGUGUGUGUUUUUUUUAAGUCAAUAAUACAAAUAAACUGAAGAUUAUAAUUAUUAAUUAAAUAAUUAAAAUAAGUAAUAAUUAUUAUAUUUAUUGCUACUUAGUAGCAGCACGUGUAAAUGCAAUUCUUAGAUAUUAUUAUUGGGAACAGCAGAUGUAUGUACUAUUUUGUAUAUUAUAUUUAUAUAUACUUAGUAUUUAUGUAACUUUACAAGUAAUAUAUACACAUAGAAAUAUAUAAUUUUAAACAGUUUUACUAUCAAAAUAUCUGCAUAAAUGCAAUUUUAAAAAUAAAAUUAAAACAGGAAUAUAAAAUUUG